AUGUUAAAAAUUUUGUUCCAGACGCCAGAUAAUCGCUCAGCGACCAAAGAUUCGAACGGAGAAACGCCUCUCAAACGAGCAAGAACAAACGAAAAGGUCUUGCCAUCACCGAUAUCUUCACGAACAAGAAAGAAGCUAGCCAGAAACAACAGUCCCCCUCGCAAGAAACCAUAUCCAAAAAGCAAGCCUGGAUCGCUUUCAGAGGAUUCAGAAAAUGAAAACGAGGGUUGCUAUAAAAAGCCUUUAGUGACCAAAUCAGAAUCUGCAAAGCAGAACAUCACUAAGCCUAUUGGUUUAUCGCCCCGAAAGAGUAACGUGAUGCGAGGCGAACACGAAACAAAGCAUGGAUCAAAGCUUCCAGGUAAACUGGCAACAACAAGAAAAUACGAUUUUGAGAGAGAUUUUGAGAAGGAACUGUCAAAAGAAGAAAAGAAGAGACCCGUAAAGCUGAAGUCAUUGAAAGACUUAAAGAAUGGCAACGAAGAAAAGGAAGACCAACCCGAGUGUCGAACGCAGUAAGCAACAUCAACACGCAUCUAGGUUGGCUUUUAGGCGGCCUCUAAGGCAAGCCAAGCCUAGCCUUCAAAAUACUUUUGACGCCUAAUACCGAAGACCAAUUUGUUCUUGUAAAUUCUAUCAAAAGAAGAUCUCUUGCAGACAAUAGAAAGAUUGGUCUUGCUGUCAUUUAACGUUUUUUUAAAUUGUUCAGAUUAGAUACUGAUUUAUGUUGUAAAAUAUUUGGUUGUGAAUGGCUGUUUUUAUUUAGAGAAUGCAUUCUCAUCAAUGUUACUUGUUGUGUUAGAAGGGCAACACGAUUAUACUAAUGUUUGGCACAUAAAAGUUUUGUUCAACAGUUUUGAAUGGUUUAUACCAAUAUGUUGGCACUUUAAUAUAUAUUGAUAAAAUCUGUUUCAUUACAUACCGUAAAUUCUCUUUUUAGCCCCCCUCUCAAUUAAGCCCUCUCUCUUUUAUAAGUUGAUGUUUUUUAUUUCGCAAAUAACAAAAACUUUACCACUAUAAAUGGUUUUUUAUUACAAAAUAUUUAUUAAGCCCCCUCUCUCAAUUAGGUCCCCUCUCUUAUAAGCCCCCUUUUAAGUGCUGAAAAGCAAUAAGCCCCCACGGGGGGGGGGGGUAAAAAGAGAAUUUACGGUAUUUGUAAUUAGAUAGUCAUUCGUUAUAAACGGUGAAUUGAGCCAGUGGACAAGAGAAGGAAAUCUGUGGCACAGAAUUAACUUUUAAGAUAAGAUGUAUAAUUUCCUUGUGGACGCGAACUUAGGGUGGAAGUUGAAGAUGUCUUUUACUGUAGCGGAAUCAAUGCUUUGUUUCGUUAUUUCUCAGUAUCUUUACUGUUGCAAAACAUGUUUAACAUUUUUAGUUGCUUUUACUGUACCCACAAUUAAGUAAAGAUUAAGUACAAUUUUUGUUAUAUUUUGAUGUCGAAAUUUUUAGCAUAAGUUGGGUUUGAGAA